AUGGAGUUGGGCGUUUGGGAUUAUGCAUAUCUUGUCAAAUAUUUGAAUUUAAUUUUCGCAUGUUUGGCAUUCGUUACAAACCUAAUCCAUCUAUUUUUCCUAACCAGAAAUUGGAGGAAUUGCCCGGAUUUUGUAUUUUUCGCAAUAAUUUGCAUUUCCGAUAUCGUUUAUCCAUUUUUAUUAUUGAUUGAAAAAUGUAUGCAGAUUAUAAAAUAUAUUGAUCAUAAAGAUUGUAUUGGAUAUAUCAAUUUGAUAGAUAUUGCUUUGAAAAAUCUAAUUUUACUUUUUGAACUCUUCUGCAACCAGAUUUCCAAUUGGAUUCUAUUUCUUCUGGCAUUUUUGUCACUUUGGAAUUCAAAAAAUCGUUGUUUGAAUUUCCAAAAAUCCCUAAAAUACUCAAUUUAUUGUUCGAUAUUCUUCUUUCUACACGUCUUUUCAGUUUUUCUAUUCACAUUUUUCAUUUUCCUUGAGUUACCGUAUUCCAAAUGCAAUUCUGAUGGAUUAUAUCAACAAUUUUUGGCUGAAAAUCCCGAAAAUUUUUGGGUGAUUUGUACCAAAACUGUCAGCAGAGUUUUCUCCGUUUUCGAGAUUAUCAGAUUUCUGUCAUUCUGUGUUUUUCCAAUUUUGCUGAUUAAGAAAAAGUUUGGAUUAAUUGCGAAAUUGGUGAUUUUCAAUUUGAUUCUGGAAAUUUCCAUAAUGAUUGUGAAAUUGAACUUUUUUGUUUCAGAAAAUGGUAUAGUAACCCAGUCCAGCUCAGUAUUACCAGUAGAAAUGAUGCAGUUUUUUCAAAUGAUUGGCUCCAAUUUUCGUCCAUUAAUUGUUCUUUUAUAUUCACCGGAUUAUCAAAAAGUUGUGAAACAAUUUUUUAUAAUAUCUUGA